CGGUACUACAAUCCGGGCACACGAGAAGACAAAGAGGAAUACGCAUCGGAGUCUAGUGUGGAACCGGUGCUUUUACUCGAUUUGCAUGAGGGAAACAAGAAUGCCUUUUCCUUCUUGGAGACUGGAGGAGACCAAGAGGAAAAGCACGAGGAACACGAGGAGGACCAUCAUCACGAGCUACAUGAGGCAGAGCAUGACGACGUAGUGCCUCCGAGAAGUCUGUCAAGGCCGUCGAAACUAGUCCGACCAUCGAGCGCCCUGGAAAA